CCGAGACAUGAGUGCCGACAGAGAGGGCCGGUAUAUGUGUCGCGCGUCUGUCAAAGGAUUCCCAGAGAUUUCAGCACAAAGUCUCGUCUUUAUUAAAGGUCCGCCGCGUAUAAGACGUCCAUACGUUCAGUACGGUAUGGAUGGACAGGCAGUUAACGUGGAAUGCAUUAUAGACUCCAUUCCGACGCCGACCAAGAUUUUAUGGUUUCAUAAUUCACGGUUGGUUGACGUCGACAACAACGAUGGCUAUGAGUUGAUCGAAGAGUCCAUUCAAACUGAUUCCAGCUUUCGGUCAACCAUUUCGAUCAGAAAAUCAAAA